AUGCUGUACAUUCUGUUUCUGGUGUCGACUCUCCUGGUGCAGAUGAGUAUCGCCAGCCCCUAUGUUGAUAACCAGUCCAGUGCUCAAAAUAUUCCAUACGAAUUUGACACAUCAAACAUGCCGAACUCAUACAGAUUUCAUUAUGAUGCUCCCGACGGUUCUUCUAGAAACGAACAAGGAGCAAUCCUCAACCCCGGUACAAAAGAUGCAGCAUUAGAUGUAGCUGGAGCAGUGCGCUGGUACAAUGACAAAGGUCAUCUCUACGAAAUGACUUAUAAGGCCGGCAAGAGAGGCUACCGAACAAGCAUUAAAAGAGUCUAUUCAUAA